AUGCUGGUGAACUGGAACAUUAUGAUUUCUUGGUGGGAAAGUAAUGUAAAAGGUAAAGUGUUACAUAGAUCUGAAUGGGAGAGCAGCAAUUUUGAGUUCAUUUCGCAGGAAGCAGUAGCUUUGGUAACCGGUGGAGCAUCAGGUCUGGGUAAAGCGACGGUGCAGCAUUUACUGAAACAUGGUUUCAAAGUUGCCAUGUUGGAUCUCCCAUCUUCGAAUGGUUCUUUCCUGACGAAAUUGAUAAAUCGGAAUUGCUUAUAUGUCCCAGCCAAUAUAACAAAUGAUGAGGAAGUAAAAAAUGGUAUGUCGAAAGUGAAGGAUAAAUUUGGACAUUUGAAUGCUGUGAUCAAUUGUGCCGGGAUUUCUUUCAAUUGUAAAGCGUUUAGCUUCAAUAAACAAAAUACGAAUCAGAAAUCAGCAAUAAUGUCGGAUUUAAAACAAGUGUUAGCAGUGAAUGUUGUCGGCACACUCAGUGUUAUCCGAUAUGCACUCGAUCUAAUGGCACAAAAUGAAAAAGAUGUGUCGGGAUGUCGAGGCGUUAUCAUCAAUACGUCAUCAUUCUCAUCCUUUGAGCCACAGUUUGGACUGGGGUUUGAUGCGAUGUCUUCUGGAGCUGUGAAUAGUGCUACAUUAACUUUGGCAAAAGAUCAUGCUUCGGAUGGUAUUCGAUUUGUCGCCAUUGCCCCAGGCAUUUUUCGGACACCUUUGUUGAUUUCCCAUAUGAAUGAAUUGAAUGUGGAAAUAUACGAGAAAAUGGUGGAACUUCCUUCGCGAUUAGGCAUACCAGAAGAAUUUGCUGCUCUUGUGUUGCAUAUUAUUCAAAAUAGUUAUUUGAAUGGCGUAGUCAUUCGUUUGGAUGGUGCUCUUAGGAUGCCACCAUAA